AUGGAUCACGGCGGAGGUGGUCGUGGGAUGGCAGGGGACGAGGCGGCGGCGGCUUCCACCAACCAGAAGACCGAAAGCUUCGGAGGCUGCUCCAACAGCGUGAAGAAAAUUUACCCCAUUGACAGUCCAAUUAAGAAAAGAAAGUCACAGUAUGACCUCAGUGACACAAGGCUGUCAUCGCUGAAAUACAAGUUUCAGGACCGACCAACUUCACAGGAGGAUGAGACUGCAAGAACAGAAAGCUUAGGAGGUGAUGACAUUUUCGUCAACAAGAACUGUAAUGUGGACAUGGUCAAUGCUUACAAGGGGUUGGACUCGUGUGAGAAUACUCAAAGCCUUUUAGGUGGUUGCAUCGAAGUCGACUCCAUAAAUGGAAUCGAGAGCCAGUCUAUGAGAAAACGGGCAUCUGCAUCCAGCAGCUCAAGCAACAACAUUUCAUCGGACACUUACAGUUCUUUUCAUAGCUAUGGCACCAAAGAGACUGACAGCUGGGUGAGGCCACACCUGGAGCAUGAUGGCUCAGGUUUGCUGCUGCAAGCAUACGAUGAUGACAUUGAGAAAAUCUGCGCUGUGAUGAAUGAGCUAGCAGGUGGUGGUGUCGAUGGUUCUGCUGAUCGUAUCAUGGAUGAGACGCUUUACUCGAAUGGCGUCGAUGAUUUCAUGAUUCUGCCAGCAGGCAAGAAUGGGGAGAAGAAGAAGCAGCUAACCAUCGACCAAGAAUUCGAGCAGUACUUCUCAAAACUCAUGCUUUAG